AUGGCUGGUGGGAAUCCGAUUAAAGCAUGCUUAUGCUAUCGAAAGAGAAGAGAAAGGCUCGAUGGUUUCCACCUAGAUCGAUACAACCAUAAUCAUGAUAAUCCCUUCAAGUGA